UUAUUCCUGAACUCAAGGAAUGGAGCACCGAGACACUCGCCACAAAAGGGAAAUAUGGGCUUUCAUAAUAAUCAUUUGACAAGUAAGUGUGCCAAAUAAUGACAUUGAAGCUGCGUGAAGAAAUAUAUACAUGAACACACAGGAGAAUUUACUCUCUGAAUGCACAUACGAAGGAACAAACUUUGAUGGACACCAGGUGCAUAAAUCAUUGCACUGAUAUGUAAGCAUGUUGUCAGGUGCUCAUUAUCGCAACACAUGGGAUGCAGUGUUUGCAGGACUCGCCUGAACUCGGGCAGAGCACUGUCCAGAGUGCCGCUGCCUUUUACCAUGCUCUUGCUGUUUAUCUAUCUUUUUCACUGCUUGAGUGGAUUUUGCCAAUUGGACUCGGUGCCAAAAAUCUCGGAGCGACAAAAUCUGAUGAGCCACCAGGCACCGAGUGAAGUGCGCGCAGUGCGCGAGGAGCUCCGCUUGAACGGGACUAUUUCUGCUCUCGUGAGCGCACUCACGGAGCCACUGGAGUCGGAACACGGCGGCGGGGAAAGUGGAAUCUCUGUUUCAAACACGUACGGAAGUAAAAAAUUUCCCCAAGCCAUCAUAAUUGGCGUGAAGAAAGGGGGAACCAGGGCGCUGCUGGAGUUUCUGCGCGUCCAUCCAGAUGUGCGCGCUGUGGGCGCCGAGCCGCACUUCUUCGACAGAUUCUACCACAAGGGUCUCGAGUGGUACAGGAAUCUGAUGCCAAGGACCCUGGAUGGGCAGAUCACAAUGGAAAAGACCCCCAGCUACUUUGUCACCAAAGAAGCCCCUUCCCGACUGUGUGCUAUGAACUGUAAGACCAAACUCAUUGUGGUGGUGCGAGAUCCGGUGACCAGAGCUGUGUCUGAUUACACACAGACUCAGACCAAAAGCCCAGGACUUCAGUCCUUUCAGACACUGGUGUUCAAAAACUCCAGCUUGGGAGUCAUUGAUACCUUAUGGAGUGCUGUGCGCAUUGGCAUGUAUGCACAGCACCUGGAGAACUGGCUUCAGCACUUUCCACUAUCCAGCUUCUUGUUUGUAAGUGGGGAGAGACUAGUUAGCGACCCAGCCGGUGAGGUGGGACGUGUACAAGACUUCUUGGGUCUCAAGCGCAUUGUCAGCAACAAGCACUUCUACUUCAACCAGACUAAGGGCUUCCCGUGUCUGAAGAAGCCAGAGGGCAGCAGUAGGCCACGUUGCCUGGGAAAAUCCAAGGGUAGGACUCACCCUCACAUUCCAGCAGAAGUCCUUCAGAAACUUAGGGAGUUUUAUAGACCCUUCAACCACAAGUUCUACCAGAUGAGUGGCCAUGAUUUUGGCUGGGACUGAAGCUUUGCAAGUGGAGUUGGAUUAAAAAGACAACUUAACACACACCAUUUGCACAUUUCAGAACAUUCUCUAAAAGGAGGAAGUGUGACGUCAUAUAACUAGAGCCAGUCCUACAGUAGAUCACUGCAUGUUAUUAGAAUGUUUAGUAAGUAUUCAACAGGUUCGGAUAAGCUUAAUUAGGUCUUCUGGAUCCUAAUAUUAUGCAAUGCACAGUAUAUUGUAUUUCAUGCAUACUGAAAGGUGUUUCUUUCUAUUACCCUCUUUAUAAAAUAGAAAAGUAUGAGGUAGAUUCAUUAAACCAAAUGUAGUCCCUGAAUGAUGUACUGCACAGAGGAAAAUGACAACACUGAUAUGUUUAUCAUGAAAAGGGUUAUGCCAGCCACAGCACAAUACAGUCACACCUAGUGAAUGAAAGAAGAAAUUAAACUUUGCAAGACAUUUAUUGUUUUCUGGAAAGGUUAUAAUGUACUGUAUAUUUAUUUUUUAUGUGUAAAUAUAUUUAUCUAUUGCCAUUAUACUGUGUAAGCAUUCUUGGACAACUAUUUUGAGCUUACAUUAUUUACAUUUCACACCAAUCAUAAUAUUUCGAUUAACCACUAUUCUUCAAUACAUUAUGGUUGUGUUUAGGAGCUGUACAAUAAAUAGCAAUUCAUGAAAAGAGAUUGUUGAAGGUUAAAGAUCCAUUUGGUGUCACAAUAGCGCUAACAUCUAACACCUCUUUGGUCCAUCCUGAACUCUAGAUCCCAAAAAAACUGUAGGUGGAUUGGAUACUUAAAAGUGUGAAUAAGGGUGGACAUGGUAUAUCUAAUUCAGAAUAACAAGCCUGACACCCAGUGCUCCUUGGAUAGGUUGUGUACUCUAUACUGUAUUGUGCAUCCUCAACCCCGACCAGUAAAGUGAUUACUGAAGAUGAAUGAAUGAAUGUUUGAAUGAAUGUUUGAAUUAAUUAAUUAAUUAAUGGGAAACACUCAACAAAUGGGGAAAAAUGGGUUUCUCAAACUUGGCCUCCACACAGUAACUGUGCCACACAUCUUAUAUAUGGUCAUUUACAAAGAAAUGAAUUGGUACAGUAUAUGUUAAUACCUUGUGCUUUUCUGUUAGAUGUAAUUUGAUCCCUACACAAUUGAAAUACAUGAACUCAAAUUAGAAAUCUGAAUGUAUUAAACUCAACACAACAUUAUUUUACAUACAUUCAAUGGACAUUCAAUUAACGGUCUACAUAAUGUCAUAAGUAAUGUAUGUUUUUUCCACAGAGAAUGCAUGGGAAUAAACAACAAGAAAAAAAAAGAUAAUGCUCAAGAUGAAAAUGUGUCACAUCUUCCCUCCCUUUAUUCCUUUUGUCUUACUUACUGAUAUAUAAUGUGCUUUGGAAUUUAAUUACACAACAUGUCUUCUUAUAUGUAUACAGAAACAAAGGACUUUGUAGAUCAUACACAACAGAAUAUGUCUAAACUGUAACAAACUGUAUAUAUGAUGCUUUUGCCUGGUGCUCUUACUUCUUAUGUAGUUUAUUUUUAAUUCCUGGUUUAUUUGCUGUACAAGAUUUUAUAAUGUAAAAUUUUAUUGUUUUUACUUCAUUAGUAUUGCUGUAAUGUCAUAUGCAUUUUGUAUACAUGGAGGACCAAGUCUGUCUAAAUGCAAAACAAAACUAAACAAAAAUAUAUU